CGCACGUGCUAGCAGCAUCUUGCAUCUGCCACGGCCGCAGAGGAGGAUGCUGGGGGCGCUGUCUGCUGUGGUGAGCGCGGGCUCGGAGGCCCUGGAGCGGCUGGCGUUUCUGCUGGCGGCGCUUUUCCUCGCCGUCGAGUUCCUGCCCGCCGCCUUCAAGAGCCUCGUGCAUAGGGCAAAGCCCUUCCCGCGCGUCCUACAAGAAGUUCCACGACGCCGCACAGUGAAAGAUAUUCCUGGACCGUGGCCGUCGUUGCCAGUACUGGGCACAAGCUGGAUCACCACAAAAUUUGGGCCUUAUUCCAUGUCGCAGCUGCAUACAGCCUACCAAGACAUGUUCGAGAGAUACGGAGACAUAGUGCGGGAGGAGGCUGUGUGGAAGCACCCCGUGGUGAGCCUGAGGAGCGGCGCGGACAUCGAGAAGGUGCUGCGCUCGCAGAGCCGCGCGCCGCUGCGCCCGCCCACGGAGAUCGUCAGCACGUACCGCCGCUCCAGGCCCGACCGCUACGCUUCUGUGGGAAUCGUCAACGAGCAGGGUGAAAAGUGGCAGCACUUGCGGCGCGUGUUGACGCCGGGCAUCACGAGUGGGAGAGUGAUCGGACGCUUCUUGCCGGAGCUGGACGCCGUCACUGACGAGUUCCUCUCGCUGCUGAGGGAUCGGCGGGACCCCCACGGCACCGUCGCCGCCUUCGACGAGCUCGCCAUGCGUAUGGGCCUCGAGAGUGCGUGUACGCUGGUGCUGGGAAAACGCAUGGGUUUCUUGGAGGCCACGGUGGACGGAGUAGCAAAGCAACUUGCAGAUGCAGUCAAUGGACAUUUCCGUGCCUCGAGGGAUACGUUCUUUGGCCUGCCAUUCUGGAAGAUACUGCCAACGCGAGCCUAUUCGCUGUUUGUGGAGUGCGAAGAGCACUACUACGACGUGAUCUCUGGGCUGGUGGAGGCGGCACUGCGCGAGGAAGAGAGCACGUGCGAGGUGGAGCCGGUGCGCAGCGUCUUCAUGUCCAUCCUGCACGCGCCGGACCUCGACCUGCGCGACAAGAAGGCCGCCGUCAUCGACUUCAUAGCCGCCGGAAUCACCACGCUUGGGAGCUCACUCACGUUUCUGUUGUAUAACUUGGCAAAGAAUCCAUCUGUACAGAGUCGUUUGCAUGAAGAAAUCUCUGUCCUAGUGCCUCAUGGCGCUCCAGUGACCAGUGAAAACCUUCGAAAUGCAAAGUACUUGCGUGCAGUCAUAUCAGAAUCUUUCAGAGUGCUGCCUGCUGCUAUAUGUCUUGCCCGUAUACUGGAAAAUGAACUGGAACUUAGUGGCUACUCCCUACCAGCUGGGUGUGUUGUCCUAUGUCACACAUGGCUGGCAAGCCUUGAAGAGAAAAAUUUCACUAAAGCUAAGGGAUUCCAUCCUGAAAGGUGGAUUCCUGAAGAGCGAGAAAAACUGUGUUUCACAAACCACAGUCCUGAACUCCUCAUACCAUUUGGUUCUGGCACUAGAAUAUGUCCUGGGAAAAGGUUUACAGAAAUGGUUCUUGAAGUGUUCCUUGCAAAGGUUGCAAGAGAUUUUCACCUUACAUUUAAAGGUGAAUUGAAUCUAAAGUUUGAAUUCCUUUUGAAUCCAUCAGGACCUGUCGACUUUGUGUUCCAAGAAAGACAAUAAAAAAGGAAACAUUUAUGUGAUGUGUAAAACAGCAAAAGUACCCAACCGGAUGCUGUAAUAUCAAUUUUUGUUUGACAGAUGCAUGCACUACACUGGAACAUUAGUUGUAUGUAAGAGAACUAAGUUUCACUACCAAGGAUGUUGCAGAGAUAAAUUUAUUUGCCAAAGAAAACAUAGAACAAAACUGAUUAGUUAUAAAUAAUAUAAUAAUGUAACUGAAUAAGCUAUAAUGUGAUGUAUCACUCAGAAAGUGUAAGAGUAUUGACAAUAAUAUUAAGGAUGGUAGAGAAAAGAAAAUAAACACCUCAAAGAGAUAGUGCAAUGGUAUAGAACAUGGAAUUAAUUAUGUGGGCAACACACUGUUGUAAAUGAAGAAAACUGUCAGUCUAAGAAUGGAAAGAGGAAAGCUAUACUAGGGCUAAGGAAAUAAAACACAGGUUAAAAUGCUGAGUAAAAAUUUCAAAAAUAUAAAUGCUUUUGAAGAUUGUUGGGAAUGAUAACAUGUUUUAAAAACUUGAAAAUCCAUCCAAAAUUCUAUUUCCAGAUAAUUUAAUACUACUUAAUGUUUAUUUGAAUAGCGUUGGUGAUUUUCUAUAUAAGAGGUAGGCCUAAUCAUUAUUGACAAGUAUGUGAAGUACCUACAGAUAGUGACUAGAGUAAUUAAUCAUUUGUUACAUAAACUUAGAAAAUUUUAUGUAUUGAUAAUAAAAAGUUAUUUGUUUUACAUAUUUUAAAGUGACAUACCAAGAAGUGGAAGUGGAAUGUACAUCCUUCUUCAGUUUUUGGUUAUACAGGUCUUCACACCCACUGUGAAUAUGGCUCAUUUCCCACUUGUAGCUAUUAAUGUGACACUCUUGUGAAUUAUAUUGUAUAAGCAACAAGUACCUGAAUAAUACAGACUUUGUAAAGUUUGUCAUACUUUGCAAUUUGUGCCAUUUAUGUAUUAAUGAACAGUAUGUACU